GGAAGGAAAAGCAGGGAAAAACCCAAACCCCAGGGAGGACCCUGGCAUGGGGUUGGAGUAGAAGAAUCUAAGUGCCCUGCUCCUGAGAAUUUCAUGUCAGGUCCCUGCUCUGGGGCAAGAGCAAUCUGCUCUGCACCCUCUCUGGGCACCUCACACCUCCAGAGUUAUGUAAGUGGCACCACUCUGAAUCCAGAGGAUAAUCAGAUCAGAAGAGCCCCAGUCUGUCCCUCCUCCAUGGCACGGUGCCCGGCACAGGUAGGGACACAUAUAAAUCCAUACUUCUUGAGUGUCCAUCUGUAGGAGAGAUACUCCAGACCCCAGGAGCCAUGACCUGUGCCCUUCUCUUCAGACUUCUCCUACUUACGGCCCUGGCAGCCCCCUCCCAAGGCAAACACCUUGGCCCCACAUCUCGCCUGCGUUAUUCCAGGUUCCUAGAUCCUUCCAAUGUCAUUUUCCUGUGCUGGGACUUUGACCUUGAGGCUGAGAUCAUCACUUUUGAGCUGCAGGUCCGGACAACUGGCUGGGUGGGCUUGGGUGUCACAAAUCGCUACACCAGAGUGGGGAGUGAUCUGGUUGUUGGAGGAGUCCUGCCUGAUGGCAACAUCUAUUUCUCGGAUCAGCACCUGGUGGAUGAAGACACCCUGGAGGAGGACGGGAGCCAGGAUGCUGAGCUGCAAGGGCUGACCGAAGAUGCUAUCUACACCACCAUGCGCUUCUCCAGGCCCUUCCGCUCCUGUGACCCUCACGACAAAGACAUUACGAGUGACACCAUAAAGGUGCUGGCCACCUAUGGCCUGGAUGACACUCUGAAGCUGGAUCGGGACCGUACUUUUAUCAAGUCCAUCUUCCUGCUACAAAUAGUCCAUCCUGAUGACCUUGAUGUCCCUGAGGAUACCAUCAUCCAUGACUUGGAGAUCACUGAUUUCCUCGUUCCAGAGGAUGAUACCACAUAUGCCUGCACCUUCCUCCCUCUCCCCAUCGUUAGCAAGAAGCAUCACAUCUUCAAGUUUGAGCCCAAGCUGCCGGAGCACCACGAGUCAAUGGUGCAUCACAUCCUGGUGUAUGCAUGUGGCCAUGCCAGUGUUCUCCCCACGGGCAUCAGUGACUGCUAUGGGGCUGACCCUGCCUUCUCCCUCUGCUCACAGGUCAUCGUGGGCUGGGCUGUCGGGGGCACAAGUUACCAGUUUCCAGAUGAUGUGGGUAUCUCUAUUGGGACCCCCUUAGACCCCCAGUGGAUACGACUGGAGAUUCAUUACAGCAAUUUUCACAACCUUCCUGGUGUGUAUGACUCCUCAGGCAUCCGAUUAUACUACACUGCACAGCUGCGCAAAUACGACACGGGGGUCCUCCAGCUGGGCUUCUUCACUUUCCCCAUCCACUUCAUACCCCCAGGCGCAGAGUCCUUCCUGUCCUAUGGGCUGUGUAAGACAGAGAAGUUUGAAGAGAUGAAUGGGGCCCCAGUGCCUGACAUACAGGUCUAUGGCUACCUGCUCCACACCCACCUGGCUGGCCGUGCUCUGCAGGCCGUGCAAUACAGAAAUGGAGCACAACUCCGAACAAUCUGCAAAGAUGAUUCCUAUGACUUCAGUCUGCAGGAGACUCGAGAUUUACCUUAUCGAGCAGAGAUCAAACUGGGAGAUGAGUUGCUGGUGGAAUGUCACUACCAGACGCUGGACCGGGACUCCUUGACUUUUGGGGGUCCCAGCACCAUUAAUGAGAUGUGCCUCAUCUUCCUCUUCUACUAUCCCCGAAACAACAUCUCCAGCUGCAUGGGGUACCCUGACAUCAUCUAUGUGGCCCAUGAGCUUGGGGAGGAGGUAUCAGACCCCAUGGAGGGCAUGAUGGCCAUGAACAAUGUUGAGUGGACCCCAGAGAACAUUAAGAAGGCUGAGAAAGCCUGCAAGGAGGCCCAGCAGAUGGUGAUAAUAAAGACCAUUGAUGAAUUGGUGGAAAACACGACAGGCUGGAUUCCGGAAAUCAUCCCAACUGCUCGGGGACCCUGCUUGGAGUCCUCUGGAGGCAAAGUGGAGCCCCAGGACAAAACCCCUGCAGGCUUCAAGGCUGAACCAGUGGCCCUCUCAGGCUCCAGCACUGCUAGCCUGAGGCACCUCCCUCUGGCUGCCCUCUUGUUUGGGCAGGGGGCUCUUUCUUGGCUUCUUGCCAACCUGCAGGUUGGAGUCUGAUACUGUCUCCUCAUUUCAAAUACUCAGGUUCCUCUCUGCUCAGCCUUCCCCUUAUUAUCAAAUGUAGAAACUCCCCUCUGCUUCAGCUCCCCAAAGUCCCCCAUUUGUGCCCCUUCCCAUGACCCAGGCCAUGACAUUGCAGGCCUGGGGAUUGCAACUCUUCCAUGAGGCUCUUCCAUGCUGAGGGAUGCAAUUCAGCCUUUAAAGCUUUAGAAACACUGAUGGGACCACAUAUUUUCUGACAAAAUCUGGAUUCAAGGCUGGACCACUCUCUGAGAAGUCUGAUGUUCCAGCUUACCUAAGGGGGUGCCAGCUGGGGAAGGGGGGGGCUUGCAUGCAGAGGGAGAGCCCUCCAAACCCUCCCUUGCCCAUGCUGACCCUAAAGGGGGCUCCUGGUUCUUUUCUUAAGGCAUUUUUGGCCCAACCCUCCCUGUGAGGCAGAGGCAGCAAGCCACAUGUGUGAUUUGUAGUAAAGGGAAAGGCUGUGGUUAUAAGGGACAAAGCUCAAGACAUCAGAUUAAAUAGAACUUAACUCACUUCCUGUUGCCAUCUCCUUCCUUUGAGCCUUUGGUCCAGGAGAGGAAGCUGGGAAGUCUCUUGAAUGGCUCAGGAUAAGGCAUCCAGAGGGUAUUUGAGGAUCCAGUUGCCCAAAAGGCAACAUCAGUUGCAGUCCUUGCUCUUCUCACCUGUGCCUCUAUGAGAUGAUCUUUAU